AUGGUGCUACCGUGGUUCGAUGCACCCAACUCGUGGGCCAUGGCCGCCUUUCUGGCCGCGUUCCUCCUCGUCCGACGAUGGACGACGUCGGGCUCCAAGGGCCGCCACUGUUCUUCCGAAGGGGUCCGGUCUUCGAGCAGAUGCCCUCCGGGACCUCGUGGGCUGCCCCUGGUGGGGUUCCUGCCCUUCUUGGGCAAGGACUUUCAUCGGACCCUGCAGACACUAGCCGCAGUGUACGGUCCGGUGUACCAGAUCUUCCUGGGGUCCAAGCGGGUCGUGGUCAUCAGCGACCACAAGCUGGUGCGCAGGGCCUUCAGUCAGGCGGCGUUUUCCGGCCGCCCGGACACCGAGCUCACCAAGCUGCUCCAGGGAUACGGCAUCGUGAACUCAGCAGGCGCCCUGUGGCGGGAACAGCGGGCUUUCCUGCACCGCGUCUUCAGGGACUUCGUGCCCAGACACGGGCGGCCCGGAAGCGUGGCGCUCGAGCAGAAGAUGCAGGUGCACAUCGGGGAGUUCCUGGCGUCAGUCGACUCGUUCGAAGGCAGCUCGUCGCAGGUGCGGCACUCCAUCGCCCGCGCCGUGAGCAGCAUUCUGGGAUCGUUUCUGAUGAGCGUCACCUACUCAUCACGAGACUCCAAGUUUGAGCAGUUGCUGGCACUCUUUGAGGAAGGCUUCCGGCUGCUCACGCUCGCCGUACCCGUCAACUUCAUCCCGGCCUUGCGCUACGUGCCGGGCUCCAACUGGGCCUACCGGCGCAUCAAGCGAAACCGCCGCCAGACGGCGGACUACUUCCGGAGAAUCGCCGACGCCCACCGCCUGUCCUACGUCGAGGGAACGGUCCGGGACAUUGUGGACGCCUACCUGGUGCAGCUGGCCCACGACAAGGCCAGGGGCCCGCCUGACCGGGACGGGAGCUCCUACUUCUCGGAGGAGCAGCUGGUGCAGGUGCUGAUGGACAUCUUCAGCGCAGGCCUGGAGACAGUCACGUCCACCCUCGAGUGGGCCAUCCUCUUCCUCGUGCGCCAUCCAGACGUGCAAGAGCGCGUGCGGCACGAGAUCGAGGCCCACGUCAGGCCCCACGGGAGACGGGCAACCAUGGCCGACCUGCCGGCCCUGCCAUACACCGAGGCCACUAUCCUGGAGGUGCUACGGCGGGCCAACGUCAUCGCCCUCGGAAAUGCCCACGCCACACUCUGUGAUGUGGAGCUGGCGGGCUACCACAUUCCGGCGGACACGCACGUCAUCUCCAACCUCUGGGCCAUCCACAUGGACACUGAGCUGUGGCACGAGCCAGAGCUCUUCAAUCCAGGGCGCUUCCUAGUCAAUGGCAGGGUGCACAAGCCGGACUUCUUUAUGCCCUUCUCGGUUGGGCGCCGCAUGUGCCUGGGGAAUCACCUGACGCAGACGGAGGUCUUCCUGUUUCUCAGCAACCUGGUGCAGAGGUACAGCCUCGAGCUGCCACCGGGAGAGAACCUUCCAUCGAUGGACGGUCAUGUCGCAGUCUCCCAUACCCCCACGCCCUUCAAGCUCAAGGUCACGCCAAGGGCACCUCUAUGCAAGGCCGUCGCAUGA